CGAAGUCACAGCAUCAUGAGACCCAUCAUGGGACUGAGCUUCUAAAUCGCUAAUAACUGUUCUGUGCGCCUCUGCCACUGUCAUUAUGGCUGCUGAAACAAUCGCACCUGACUGGGAGUUUGACCGAUUUGAUGACGGAUCCCAGAAGAUACAUACAGAAGUUCAACUGAAGAACUACAGCAAGUUUCUGGAGGAGUACACUUCUCAACUACGAGGCAUCCAGGAGGCUUUGGAUGACUCCAUCGGAGAUGUGUGGGACUUCACUUUAGAUCCAAUCGCACUCAAGCUUCUUCCAUAUGAACAGUGUUCAUUACUGGAGUUAAUUAAGACCGACAACAAGGUGCUCAAUAAGGUCGUCACAGUAUAUGCUGCACUGUGUUGUGAGGUGAAAAAACUCAAGUAUGAGGCAGAAACCAAGUUCUACAAUGGAUUAUUGUUCUAUGGUGAAGGAGUUUCAGAAAUAAGCAUUGUUGAAGGAGAUUCCCAGAUUCAAAUGGGAAGAUUUGUCUCCUUCCUUCAGGAAUUGUCCUGCUUUGUGUCAAGAUGCUAUGAAGUGGUGGCCAAUAUCAUUCAGCAGCUGGCUGCCCUCUAUAAUAGCAACAAAGGCGCCACAAAAAUCAUAGAAUCAUCAAGUGUUCAUUUCCAGAUUGUGUAUGAGCACCUCGGUGAGUUGUUGGUGGUUCUGCUCACGCUGGAUGAGAUCAUGGAGAAUCACAGCACGCUGAAAGAUCAUUGGCAGAUGUAUAAGAGGCUGUUGAAGUCUGUGCAACAUAAUCCUGGGAAGUUUUCAAUUCCUGAAGACAAACUAAAACCGUUUGAGAAGCUCCUGCUCAGGCUUGAGGGGCAACUGUUGGAUGGUACGAUCCUGCAGACCUGUGUGGAGCAAAGAUUCGAUGAAACAGCAGAAGGAGUUGCAGUUGCUAAAAACAGUGCCUUUGCUGAGGAAUUUGCACUCAACAUUCGCACAAUAUUCUCCAACGUGGAGUCAAAGAUUGGUGAACCCUCAGAGGUCGACCAGCGGGAUAAGUACGCCAGCGUCUGUGGCCUCUUUGUGCUACACUUUCAUAUAUUCAGGAGCAUUGACAAGAAGUUCUACAAAGCUCUGCUGGACAUUUGUAAAAAGGUUCCAGCCGUGACUCUCACUGCCAAUAUCAUCUGGUUUCCUGACACAUUCCUCGUUGCGAAGGUUCCAGCUGGAGCCAAACUGAUGGACAAGAAAAGUCUUCAGGCCAUCAGAGCCCACAGAGACACCUACCUGCAGCAGCGAGCUCAAACAUUAACAAAGGAUGUUCAGUCGUACUAUGUGUUCGUCACUUCCUGGAUGAUGAAGAUGGAGGCCAUUUUAUCAAAGGAACCAAAAAGUGACAAACUGGCCGAAGAUCUCAAUAUCAGGUGUACUGUGUUCGUUCAGGGCAUUCUGUACGCCUACAGUAUCAGCACCAUCAUCAAGACCACCAUGAACAUGUACAUGUCGAUGCAGAAGCCCAUGACUAAGACGUCUGUCAAAGCUUUGUGUCGACUUGUCGAACUGUUGAAGGCUGUGGAGCACACCUUCCACAGGAGGUCCAUGGUUGUAGCCGAUUCUGUCUCGCACAUCAGCCAGCAGCUUCAGUCACAAGCUCUCAAUGCCAUUGGCAUGGCAAAGAAAAGAGUGGUGUCUGACAAAAAGUACAGCGAGCAGCGGCUGGAUGUUCUGUCCUCGUUGGUCUUGGCAGAAAACGCUCUCAGUGGACCGAGCACGAAAGAGCGUCGUCUAGUGGUGGCACUGGCCCUCUGUGUCGGCACUCAACUGAAAACCUUCAAAGAUGAGGAGCUGCUCCCUCUCCAGCUCGUGCUCAAGAAGCUUGACCUCAUCAGUGAGCUCAGUGAGCGGGUCAAACUUGAGUGCGACUGUAGUUUCCUGUACUGGCAUCGAGCUGUGUUUCCAAUCUACCUUGACGACGUAUACGAUAAUGCUGUUGAUGCAGCUCGCUUACAUUACAUGUUUAGUGCUCUUCGAGAUGGCGUGACCUGCAUGAUGCACACCAAACACCUGGAGUCAUGUGACCAGCUUCUAGAGAGCUACGACAAGGAGAUCAUGGACGUUUUCAAUGAGCACCUCCUGGAUAAACUGUGUAAAGAGAUAGAGAAAGACCUGCGUCUCUCCGUCCACACUCACCUGAAGCUGGACGACAGGAACCCUUUCAAAGUGGGCAUGAAGGACCUGGCACACUUCUUCUCCUUGAAGCCAAUUAGAUUCUUCAACCGGUUCAUUCACAUCAAAGCGUAUGUGACCCACUAUCUGGAUAAAACCUUCUACAACCUGACCACGGUGGCGCUGCACGACUGGGCCACCUACAGCGAGAUGAGAAACCUGGCUACCCAGCGCUAUGGGCUCACCAUGACUGAAGCUCAUCUGCCAAGCCAAACUCUGGAGCAGGGUUUGGACGUUUUGGAAAUCAUGAGGAACAUCCACGUGUUUGUCUCUCGCUACCUUUACAACCUUAACAAUCAGAUAUUCAUAGAGAAGGCAAGUAACAACAAGCACUUAAACACCAUCAACAUUCGACACAUCGCCAACUCCAUCCGCACCCACGGCACUGGCAUCAUGAACACCACGGUGAAUUUCACUUACCAGUUUCUGCGUAAAAAGUUCUACAUCUUCAGCCAGUUCAUGUACGACGAGCACAUCAAGUCCAGACUCAUCAAGGACAUCCGCUUCUUCCGGGAGACAAAAGACCAGUCCGAUCAGAAGUAUCCAUUUGAUCGAGCAGAAAAGUUCAACAGGGGGAUCAGGAAGCUGGGAAUCACUCCGGAUGGGCAGAGUUACCUGGACCAGUUCCGUCAGCUCAUCAGCCAGAUCGGUAACGCUAUGGGUUAUGUGCGUAUGAUCCGCUCUGGAGGCCUCCACUGUUGCAGCAGCGCCAUCAGAUUUGUGCCCGACCUGGAGGACAUUGUGAACUUUGAAGAGCUGGUGAAAGAGGAGGGGCUGUCAGAGGAGACGCGGAGAGCUGCAAGUGUCCUGGACUUGGUGUUGGAGGAUCUGACCAGCAACUCUGCCGAGGGCACCGAGUACUUCAAGAUGCUGGUGGCUGUGUUUGCGCCUGAGUUUCGCAGUGUGAAGAACAUGCACCUGAGGAACUUCUACAUGAUAGUUCCCCCUCUGACGGUGAAUUUUGUGGAGCACUCCAUCAGCUGCAAAGAGAAGCUGAACAAGAAGAACAAAACUGGAGCAGCUUUCACCGACGACGGCUUCGCCAUGGGCGUGGCCUACAUCUUGAAGCUGCUGGAUCAGUACCUGGAGUUCGACUCGCUGCACUGGUUCCAGGCGGUCAGAGACAAGUACAAGAAGGAGAUGAGCACCAUGAUGAAGGAGCAGAACGUCCACUCCAGCGGCCAGGAUGAGAAGCUGCUGCAGACCAUGAACCUAACUCAGAAGAGGCUGGAGCUCUACCUGCAGGAGUUCGAGCUGCUGCACUUCUCCCUGAGCAGCGCCAGGAUUUUCUUCAGAGCAGACAAAACUGCAGCAGAGGAGACGCUAGAGAAGAAGGAUAAAGAGGGCGCAAUAAAGCCAGUUUCAAGCGCCUCAGAAUGAAGGCUUUUCACCAGGCGCACGCGGGAGCAGCGUUGGAGCGCAUGAACGUGUUUUGUGUUCAUCAAGAGGAGAAUAAAUGCGGAUGUCAAGUGAGAUUUAAGUUGCCCAAAAGUGUUUGCAGCCAUUCCAUCCUGGCUUUACCUCCGCUGCCUCUGUUCAACCAUCCUCUUCUGUUCAUCUGAUUUGUCUUUUUAAUGACCACGUUGCUGUGGCGACUCUGAAAUGAACCCUGUCCUGUGAGGUCCCGUCAUCGCGUCCCAGCCGAAUCCAUGUGUGCCUUUUAUCUGUGUAAAACUGUGUCAUUGAUCAUGUUAGUGCGUGACGAUUAAACACUAAAUGGUGUUUUAAUUUAAAGAUUUUUAGAUUCAUGUCCUAAAAACAUUCCA